UUAACGUAUCCAUUAGAGGCUAGAAGCUGCAGAAGCAAAGGACAGAGACAAAUUACGUCAAGAAAUAGUUCCUGGACUACCUUCCACAAUUACCUUCCACCUUCCUCAGCACCAGGGCAAAUCUCCCCCCCCCCAGCCCGCGGGCAGAGCAUCCCCCGGCUGAGGACCGGCCGAGCCUCCCUCCUCCCCAUCUCCGCCCCCAUUUCCAUCAGUUUUAGGAAAAGCCGGAUGGCGUUAUUAAAAAAAAAAAAAAAAAAGAAGGGAAAAAAAAAAAAGAAAAAAAAAAGACCUGCGGAUUGAUCCACGCUAUAUUUUUGGGUAAAUACAAUCACGUGAGGGCGGGCAGCCAAUGGCACACUGGGAAAGGCUGAAAAAAUAAUUACCUGCCCUGAUUGUUCUAUGAGAAGAUAAAAAGUACACAUACAGUUCAUACAAUAAUCUUAUGAAUGUAAAAGAGGGGGGAACCAUGUCGGCUUCUGGCCCCAUAAGCAACUACUAUGUUGACUCCUUGAUAAGCCACGAGAACGAAGAGCUCUUGGCCUCCAGGUUCCCCAGCUCUGCCUCCCACCCGGCUGCUGCCCGACCGUCAGGAUUAGUCCCGGACUGUGCCGACUUUCCGUCCUGCAGUUUCGCCCCCAAGCCGGCCGUUUUUACCACCUCCUGGGCUCCCGUCCACUCCCAAUCCUCCGUGGGCUACCACCCCUACGCCCCCCAGGCACCCGUGGGGGCCGAGCCCAGGUACAUGCGGACUUGGCUGGAGCCCCUCGCCGGGGCCGUCUCCUUCCCGGCCUUCGCCCCCGGUGCUCGCCCCUACGGCCUGAAGCCCGACGCCUUCCCCGGGCGGCGGGGGGAGUGCGGCCCCGCCGACGGCCGCGGCUACGCGGACUACAUGUACGCGGCUCCGGGGGAGCUGAGAGACAGAGCAGCGCAGACAAUUCCUUCCCCGGAGUCCGAAGCCAUCGCUUCCAGCAAACACAAAGAAGAAAAGCACGAAUUAGACCCUAACAAUCCCGUCGCAAAUUGGAUUCAUGCGCGCUCCACGAGGAAGAAAAGAUGUCCUUACACAAAGUAUCAGACCCUGGAACUGGAAAAAGAGUUUUUAUUCAAUAUGUACCUUACACGGGACCGGAGGUACGAAGUAGCCAGAGUCCUUAAUCUCACUGAACGCCAAGUCAAAAUCUGGUUUCAGAACAGGCGAAUGAAAAUGAAGAAAAUGAAUAAAGAAAAAACCGAUAAAGAACAGCAAUAAAGUUGGCAAAGUCCAGUCAAUGAGAAACGAGGGUGGAGAGAAAAAAAAAAAAGAAAAAAAAGAGGAAAAAAAAAAAAGAGGCUGUUUUUGGGGGUUGAAAUGUUUCUGACUUUGAAUGUGCGGAUGAAUGUUUAGCAUUAGAGGCAAACACAGCAAGCGUUUUGGGACACGAGUCUUUUCUAAAAUGCAACUAAAUAAAAGAAAGAUGUUUGGGGGGUUUGUUUUCUCUUCCUUUCUUCUUCCUUGUUUUUUUUUUUUUUUUUUUGUUAUAUUUUGUCCUCCUCGGAAAACAAACACAAGAAGUACUUGAAUUUUUAAAUUUUUUUUUUAGUAUUUUAUUUCAUAAAUUAAACUUAUCCAGUAUUUUUAUUUUUUAAUUCCGCGAGCUCGUGAGUGAAUAUUUUGUACAAAAGAGAGGAAAAAGAGACACACACAAAAAAAAAAAAGGAAAAAAAAAAAAGACUGAAGGGAAUAUGGCUCAAUGAUGUUCUGUCAUGGUGUUGAACGUUUCUGCUGUACUUAUUUGUGUAUUUUAUUCUCGUCUCAGAACCGUUCUGUAAUAUUGUUAUGUUCGCUAUUGUAGAGCAGCUCUAUGUAAAUAUACCUAACGUCACGGGAAAGAAAAAAAAAAAACAAGAAAAAUCAAGAAAAAAAAAUCCACAAAACCUUCAGUAUUUAGGUGUCUUUUUUAUUUCAAGCCCUUUGCAGAGGAGCAGCCCCGGGCUUUGCCAGGCGGUGCCGGUGCCGGUGCCUCGGCGGGGCGGACCCGAGCAUCCCCCGCAGCCGAGAGGGGAGCGGAGAUUUCUGCUUCCUUCCCCAGCACUUCCCUAUUCCACAGUACCGUAAUAAAAAUUUAAAAAAAAAAAAAAAAGGCGCUGAGGUAAGGGUUAUAUGUGCCAUCAAUUUUUAGAUUGGGAUAAUUAAUUGUACUAAUU